GCGGGUGCGUGGUGCGGGGCGGUAGAGGCUUCAGUGCCGCAGCUCGAGGAGGGUCAGGCGGACACAGGACCGUCCCAGGCUCACCCACCACCGGGAUCAGCCAGGACCCAGAGGGGCCCUCAUGCGACGCAGCCCCUGGGAGCACUACCGGCUGGCAGAGCGAUGCCUCACAACUCCAGCCACGGGGUCGGCCUGGUCCGUGGGGAUAAGACCUGGAAGGAGCAGGACAGGGACAGGGAAGGAGCGUGGAGAGGCGAAGCGGGCGGCCUGGCCUGCAAUGCCUCCUCCCCAUUCCCCCCUGAGCCUCCAGGGGCCGCAGGCAGCAGCAUCCCUGUCUACUGUGCCCUCCUGGCCACCGUGGUCCUCGGUCUGCUUGCCUACGUGGCCUUCAAGUGCUGGCGCUCCCAUCAACAAAGACAGCAGCUGGCCAAAGCUCGGGCUGCAGAGCUGGGCGCCCUCGACAGGGACCCGAGGCACGGGGAGAGCAGUGUCUUCCUGGACUCUCCUAGCUGCCUGGCGCCCUGUGCUCCCAGCCAGGGGCCACAUCCGGAGCUCGGCCGCCGGCUUUACCUCCAUCUCCCUCAGCAGCAGCAAGAGGAAGUGGAGCAGCUCCUGGGAGUGUCGGGCGACCUCGACAAGGGCUGGCAGGGCCUGGCAGGCCGCCUGGGCUACCAGACGGAGGCUGUGGAGACCAUGGCCCAGGGCCAGGCGCCUGCCUGCGCCCUGCUGAGGGACUGGGCUGUCCAGGGAGGCAGUGGCGCUACCCUCAGGGUGCUGGAGGACGCCUUGGCCGCCAUGGGCCGUGAAGAUGUGGUCCGGGUCCUGGGCCUCCCGCCCGAGGGCUACUCUGUGGUGUGAGCCAGGCCCCCCACAGCCUGGCCUCGCGGGGUGCAGCCCUGUGCUCCCUGCCACGCCCUCUCCCAUGCCCUUCCUUUCAUGGGCUUCCUGGCCUGGGUGGGCCCAGCCUGCUCCGUUCUGGAGGGACUCAGAAGGUGCAGCCACCACCCCCCUCACCUGGUCCCAUGUCCCUCUGAGACAGAGACCAGGAUCUGGGGGAGCGGGCCUGCCCUCCUGCUCCCUAUCCCCUCCCCUUCCUUGGCCUGAACUGUUUUUCUACUUUUGUAUCCAUAGUAAAGGCAGCUCUGGGUUACUGUG